CCAGUCUUCGAGGUGAAGUGAAGCAGUCACGUCGAGCUACAGCGCUGGUGCCGCUACUGUUGUCAGCUGUCAUGCUGUUCAAAUUUAUUACUUAAACUUAAUGCAAUUCUACACUGUUUAUGUUUCGUUUUAAUGGUUACGUAGCAAAGAUAAUAUUGGCAUCAUGAUGCUUUAAAAGGAAGUUUUAAGAGUAAGGUUAGGCGUUAAACAAGAGGAUUACCUUUCCUUGCCAACUGCAGACUGACAGUUGUUCGGACUGAUAGCGGCUUGUUUUGUUUAUCUGCGGACAACAUACGAGCCAUGGCUCGUAGGAGUUCCCGCCUGGUGUCUGGUGGCUACUAUAAUUCAGAUGAGGAAUCGGAUUCAAGUAGUGUGACCAAUAUAUCCUACAGAGAAAACCCUGUCAAGGUUUUCAAGAAGAAGUCGGGGGCCCGGAAGUCUGCGUCCCGCACUAACAGCAAUGCCAGUUCUGCCCCUGAGACUCCAGUCACUCCAGGUCUGAGUCCAGUAAGCAGCCCUCUAAGAAGUCCCCCUCAGCCCACCAUCAGAACCGUCCCUGACCCCCCUGCUGCUCCAACCCAUCGGCCAGCUCUGACUCCAUCAUCCACCAAUUGUCACAUGCGAUGCCAUUCCAAAACCCCAGAGAAGAGCUCUCAUGCUGGCCCCCACAGCUCUGGUCUGCUGGGUUUACACAAACACAAGGAGCCAGGUCAGAGUGGUGUGGACAGCUCAGGGUACUCUUCAUCUGAGGGCCAAUACGGGAAGCCUUUACCUGUCACCAGUACACCAAGGAGAACCAGCAGCAGUAGCGGUGCAGCUCUUGGUCUAGGAUUCAAAAGCAGAAUCAGUGAUGCCUUUUUCCAUCUAAUGGAUUCAGCCUCAGUGAUGGCAGCGAAUGCGCACAAAAAAGUCCUUCAUGUCACAUCUACAGGUUUGUUUUGUUUUUCAGUUUGUCUUCAUAUAUUUUUUCUCAUAAAAGUUUUUCUUGGAAAUGUUUUCAUUCUGUCUACAUGCAACAUGUUUUUUGCAUAUAUGCCCUUUUACAUCCUAGCGUGUCUGUGAAAAUCAUUCUCGUCC